AUGCUCGGCGCGGCGCUCGUGGACUUUGGGAUCCAGCUCGUCGGUUGGGCGGCGGCGGCGACGCUGCGGACGGAGAAGUUUUACGACAUUCUGGGGAGCGCGGCGUUCGCGACGACGGCGGCGCUGACGCUGGGGACGUCGGCGAUGAUGCCGCGGCAGAAGCUCGCGAGCGCGCUCGCGAUGGCGUGGACGGCGAGAUUGGGGAUAUUCUUGGGCGCGAGGGCGCACAGGGACGGCGGGGACUCGCGAUUCGACGGCGUGAAGGACAAGCCCGGGGUGUUCGCGGUGUAUUGGUUCCUCCAAGGCGUGUGGGUGUGGGUGACGUCGUUACCGGUGUAUCUGUUGAACGGGUCUCCGGGUCAAUUGGUGGAUCUGAACGCGGUGGAUUGGACGCUGGCGGCGUUUUGGGCCUUUGGGUUCGUCUUCGAAGUCGUCGCCGACGUACAAAAGUUUGCCUUCAAGUCGGACAAGUCGAACAAAGGCAAGUACAUCAAGCACGGUUUGUGGUCCCUGUCUCGUCAUCCGAACUACUUCGGCGAGAUUUGCAUGUGGUUCGGGGUCGCGGGAAUCGCUUGCAACGGUUUGGCGGCGUCGAAUCCGGGUCGAGCGGCCGGAGCGUUUGCGUCGCCACUCUUCGUCACCUACUUGCUGACAAAGAUGAGCGGUAUUCCAAUUUUGGAACGAAUGGCCGAUGAGAGAUGGGGCAAGGACGAGGGGUAUCAGUCGUACAAAAGGAAGACUCCGGUGCUCGUGCCUAAGCUUCCAGGAACGUGA